UUGAAACAACGGCUGUUUAAUUCUGUGCGGAAGAAAAACGUUCUCUGGUAACUUUUAAUUCUAUUUCCUGGUUUUACCCAUUUUUCAACUUAGAUUUGAGCUAUUACAGUAAUUCAAUCCUAAUGCCAAUGUUAAGUGCUUAUCCAGUUAUUGAUCCAAUUGUUAUCACUUUUGCAUUAACUGAUUAUCGAGAAGCUGUUUUCAAGAUUUUUGGAAGGAACACUAAGCGCAUUUCUAAUAAUCUAGCAACUGUUCUUGAAACCAUACCACGCCCAGGGUGA